AUGAGUUAUUUUGGGGCAAUAAGUGAACCUUCAACUCGAACUGCAUGGGAGGACUGGGAUGACGAUGUACUAAAAGAAAGUUUUCCUGAGUUAUGUUUUCAAAGUGAUGUGAAACCACUUCAAGAUAUUGCUACUUUUAUUAUUUUAGAAGGCAGAUACUUGUACAACUGUGUGAGAGAUCAAAAAGAAUUGGAGCACAUAAAUUCUGUACCAGAAGUGUCACAAUUGGUUACUACAGAUUAUGUAUUGAGAAGUCUACUUACGACUAAACAGAUACCCAGAGACACAAUAUCUAAUAUUAAAAGAUUAGAACAACCAAAUAUAAUUGCAGGUGUUGUAGCUGGAGCUCUGUGUUUAAGAGAAGUACUUGAUAAAUCGGCAGCAACACUGGUUUGCUACAUUGACUCUGAGGAGCAGGACAUCCAUGAGCUACAGGACAUCCUUGGAAAGCACAAAGUAAUUUUACAUGUGGACAAAAUGAAAAGAAACAAUUUAUUGAAUUCUAAUUUAUACAUUUGA